CUUGUUUAAAGGAUAAGAUGUAUCUGGCUUCAAGACAUGGGAUCAGUGCAAGGGCAGAUUGUUUGUGUCUCUGAAGAAUCCAGAUAGGUUAAGAGUUAAAGUCCUCAGGAUCAUUCACUUUAUAUGUGAGUGAGUGCUAAGUAAAACAACAGCCAGGCAGAGACAGUGAAGGAGGCAGACUGACUGACUCUUCCCAGCUCUUGAAUAGCCCCAAUUUGACUCUCCCAGGAGGUAAAUUUCAUCCCUUCUCUGCAGAAACUGUGAAUUUUUUUUCCAAACAUGAAGGUGUUAAUGUUCAUUUUAGUGGUGUUGAUGGAAAAUUUUCAAGUUUUUUCCAGUCCUUUCCAAGUGGUUAAUUGCCUUUGGCAUCCCUAUGGUUCCUGGUCAGAAUGUGAUGGCUGCACAAAGACUCAGAUUCGAAGGCGGCACAUAGCAGUUUAUGGGCAAUAUGGUGGCCAGCCGUGUGUUGGGGCUACUUUUGAAACACAAGCGUGUGUGCCUACAAGGGGGUGCCCAGCAGAAGAUGGCUGUGGAGAGCUUUUCAGGUGUUCCUCAGGUCAGUGUCUUAGCAAAUCAUUGGUUUGUAAUAGAGAUCGAGAUUGUGAAGAUGGCAGCGAUGAAGAUCGAUGUGAGCUCCCUGAAGGCAAACCUUUGUGUGAUGUUGAUAGACCUCCUCCUCACAUAGAAUAUACUGGAGCAGGGUUUAAUGUGCUAACUGACCAGAUUAAGGACACAGUUAUCAACACAAAAAGUUUUGGUGGUCAGUGUAGAAAGGUGUUCAGUGGUGAUCAGAAAGAAUACUAUCGGCUGAGUGCAAAUGUCCUCUCCUACACAUUUCAGGUGAAAGUAGAUAAUGAUUUCAGUCAUGAAUUUUACAAUAGUAGUUGGUCUUAUAUCAAACACAAGGAGACUCAUUUUACAUCAAAUAGUGGAUACCGGCAUGACUCAAGUAAAAAUGAAAACCAAAAUAAAAAGAGUUAUCAACUGAUGGUUAUCCAGAACAGUGUUGAAGUAGCUCAGUUCAUUAACAACCAGCCAGAAUUUUUAAAUCUUGCUGAACUCUUUUGGAAAGAUCUCUUACACCUCCCUUCUCUAUAUGACUAUAGUUCAUAUCGAAGAAUAAUUGAAUUGUAUGGGACUCAUUAUCUACAGUCUGGGUCCCUAGGAGGAGAGUACAAAGUUCUCUUUUAUAUAGACACGGAAAAAAUGAAGCAACAUGAUUUUAGCUUUCUUGCCAUGCAGGAAUGUACCUCACAAAACUUGAAUCUUUUUAUUGUUAAAGUAUCUAAGCAGAAAUGCAAGGAACUUAUUGAGUUAUUAAAGUUGGCUUCAGGAACAAAAGACAACUUGCUCCGUGGUAAUGCAGUUGUCAAGGGAGGAAGCCCAGCUUUGGUAGCUGGUCUUAGUUAUAUAAAUGUAGACGAUCCUGCUGGAAAUAGAGCCCGGUAUGCUUCAUGGGCUGCAACUGUGGGGCAGUAUCCCCAAAUAAUAAAACAAAAGCUCAAACCUCUAUAUGAGCUCGUGAAGGAGGUUCCCUGUGCAUCUGUCAAAAGGCUAUAUCUGAAAAGAGCCAUUGAGGAGUAUCUGGCAGAAUUUGACCCUUGCCAUUGCAGGCCUUGUAAAAAUGGUGGCCUGGCAGUAGUUGUGGGAACCCAGUGCCAGUGCCACUGCAAACCUUACACGUUUGGUGCUGCAUGUGAGCAUGGAUUCCUUGUGGAAGGUCAGGAAGGAAUUGUUGAUGGAAGAUGGAGUUGCUGGUCUCCUUGGAGUACUUGUAUGGUAGGGAUGAAAGUAAGGAGACGAAGCUGUGAUAAUCCAUAUCCUAGUGGAGGUGGCAAAUCCUGUGUUGGAGAAGCAUUUGAAACACAACCUUGCCAAAAUGAAGAGUUGGAACAUUUUCGCUUGAUAGAACCACAUUGCUUUGAUAUGUCUGGAGUCCCCACAAAUUCCUGCCCAUCACCACCUUCCUUGGAAAAUGGAUUUGUUCAAGAUACAGGUCCAUCAUUUCCAGUUGGAAGAAGUGUGGUUUAUACAUGCCAAGAGGGAUAUGCUCUUGUUGGGGACCCGGUUGCCAAAUGUGGAGAAGAUUUAACUUGGCUUGUUGGGGAAAAACAUUGCCAGAAAAUAGGUUGUGUCUUGCCUGCUUUGGAAAAAGGUCUCCAAAGUGAUCCCAAGAAACCUUUCUAUGAGGUUGGAGAGAAGGUGACCUUGGCCUGCUCAGGGAGCAUGAUAUUGGAAGGUCCAUCUCUAUUCUCUUGUGGCUCCAGUCUGAAGUGGUGGCCUGAUAUGAAUUCCCAUUGCAGAUUAAAGGAGGGCACUGAGAAACCAGUAUUGACAACCCAGCCAUGCCAACCCUGGGAGAAGCUGCAGGAGUCUAGAUGCGUUUGUAAAAUGCCUUAUGAAUGUGGACCUUCUUUGGAUAUUUGUGCCCAAGAUGGGAGAACAAAAAGGGUUGUAGCUUUGACAGUUUGCAAGCUCCAUGUACUUGAGUGUAUGGGGAGGAAUUAUGCUCUUACUGAUAGCGGGAGCUGCACUCUACCUGCUCUAGCUGACAGAACAUGUGGUACAUGUUCUAUGUGGGAAAAAUGCAAUGCCCAGAUAAAUAAAUGUGUAUGCCGAGAAUCAGCAGCAAAUUGUGUUGAAGGAGGACUCAACAUUUGUGUGGAAGUGGAUGGGCAUGAGCAGACCAUGACUGAAUGUGAGGCUGGUGUCCUCAGAUGCCAAGGCCUGAGCAUUUCAGUUAUAAGCAUAAAGCCAUGUGGUGCAAAGAGCAAAUAGGUGCCAUUGACUUGCUCAUAUUUAGCCUAAGACCUCUCCAAAUCUUUUCUGUAUCUGUUUGAUUUGGAUAACCUUUCAGACGUAGAGCUAUAUUCCUGCCUCUCUUGCCCAUUCUUUCUCCUGCUAUGUCCUCCAUCAUCCCAGCCAUAGACAUAUCACAAAUAUUUCAUUUUCCAAAAUAGGCUUCAAGGACUCUUUAUUUUCACUUCACAACAGACCAUGACAAUUAAUCAAUCAAAUAAGCAUUUGUUAAGCAGUUGUUACAUACCAGUUAUUAUGCUAAGUUCUGGGACAUCAAAACAGGCAAAACCAGUCCCUGAUCUCAAGGAGCUUACAUCCUAAUGAAGAGACAAAUUUAUGUAAACAGAUACAUUCAAAAUAUAUACAGAGUAGAAGGAAAUUAAUCUUAUAGGGGAAAUAAUCAUUCUAUUCCCUGCCCCCAAGGAGUUUAUAUUCUACUGGGGACAAACUGUUUACAUACCACUGAUACAACACAUUAUGCAAAUUGGUCAGGAAAACACAACCCAAAAGUGCUUGAUUUAGAUGGAUGGAGGUUGAUGAAGCCCCUUGAAUGCCAAAACCCCCCCCCCAAAGUAUUAAUUAUUCCUCUUCAAUGCAGUAAACUUGCUUCCAAUUUAUCUUAUUUAAUCAAACAUAGACUAUCUUCAUGUCAGGGAGCCUAAAAUGUUGAAAGGUCAGAGUAUUAUGUAUUUUAUCAUAAUGAAAGAUGGUACCUUUCAGUUUUUUAAAUGACUGCAAACACAUUUGAAUCAAUGUCAAUCCUUCAAACAAGUAUUUUAUUAAUCAAUUCCUAUGUGCCAGUCUUUUUUUCAAACAUUGAAGAUACAAAGACAAAGCAAGAUAGUGCCUGUCCUCAAGGAGUUUACAUAAAGAAGGAGACGAAAUUUACAUAUGCAGAUGCAUUCAAAGCACUUAUAAGGCAGGUGCAAGGUAACCUUGAAGUUUUUCAGUCGUGUCCUACUCUUUGUGAUCCCUUUUGAGGUUU